CCCGACCCUCAUAGCUUUUGACACUAAAACUUCAUAACUACUAUCAAUCAAGUCAUCAACCAACAAUUCGAUACAGAGCUAAGAUGGAGACUCAAACUAUCGAGUUCACUGUUGAGCAACUCCUCGACUUACAUAGAUAUUGGAUUACAGAACUCUUUAUCAUGGACAAAAAGUCCGAGGAGGAAAUUGUCAAUUUGCUUCAUCAUCAUAAGAUAAACGUCACUUCGCACACACUUCACUCUUAUCUCUCAAAUUGGAAUUUACUCACUCCACGAAAGCGAUGAUGAUUACUCUAUCAUAUCUGCAAUCAGCUCGCAACCAGUACUCGAGAGUUGCAAACAAUAGCACCCCCCUCCUCUUUCCAACAUAGGACCAACUGCAACUAUCUCAAAUUAUGCCACCAUGCUCAACACAACCACUACUGCACUGACAUUCGAGAAUUCUUACCCCAUCCCCCUCAUUCCAUCAAAGCCAGUCUUGGAAGGUUUAGGUGCCAUUCCUAAUACUCAACAUGCAUCGGAUUCUACUCGCUCGAUCUUCAAGACUAUCCAUCAUUGAGAAAUCUUCGAUUCGGAAAGCCCAAGAGAGCUACGGAAGAUGGUGGAAGAGAAUCGGAAAUAUCCGCUUGAGAGUUCUAUAGCUUUAAGAGAAUUCUAUACGUGCUGUGAAUGGGGGAUUGGAUAAAAGUGCUUUGUUUCGUUUUGAUUCGUUAUUUUUAUUUGAUUUAUUUGGGACUAUAUAAAAAUGGGUUACGGUAAUGGGCCACGGAGUUUUCUUUCAUUCGCUGUUUCAUCUGCGAUUGUUUUACAUGUUAUGGCUGGCGACGGGCGAUUGGCGAUUAGCGAUUGCGAUGUGUUAAUGACUGCAAAAGGCUGGACGAUUAGGAUACGAGGGAUAUAAAUGGCUCGUAGAUGCUAUGGCGCUGACAGGAGUACUGCAGUUUGGAGUUUCUUUACAUGGGUUAUCUUGACAGAUCUGGCCAGGUAUAUGUUGAUCUGAGGGUUCUCUUCCACGCGCGUCGAAAUUAUAUAGAUUGAUAUCACUACAUUUCUUUCCCGCGCUGUAGCAUAGUAUACGAUUUUUUUUCUUUCUUUUGCUAUACGAUAGAUAGCCUGCGCAAUAUCAAAUGGGAUCGCAUCAGAUCAGCACCUUGAAAACC